UACAAGUUUGAUCAAAUCCGCCGUCUUUACCGCCAGACCGUAGAUGAAAGCUUUCAACCGCAGGACGAUCUCGAAGCGGCUCUCCAUCGCAAAGGUGUCGGAUUCAUCCAGUACUACUACUACAGCUACGUUGUGAUGGUCCACAUAGCACAUGGUAGUACGUUGUUGCUUCUGCUACAAAAGAAACGUUUGCCCUAUUUUCCCUGGAUGCUUGGCGUAGAGUAUGGAUCAGAAAACCCCAUCACCUACGGUGUAUUCUUUGCAUAUCAGUAUAUUGGCAUGUACGUCCACAUGCUACUGAAUGUGUCGGGAGAUGCACAGAUAUGCUAUCUCCUAGGCAUGGCAAGCACUCAGCUAGACAUACUGGCCAAGCGCUUUCAACAACUUCGAGCCUCCGGAGACCUUGAGCGCUCCUUCGUGGGACUGGUAGAGCGCUAUGAAACCGUUCAGCGAAUGGUUCGCGAUGUGGAGCAGUUGUACUCGCCGGCAUUUUUCGCACAGUUUGUGGUUAGUGGUUUGGUAAUUUGUGCAACGGCUGUGAAGGCUGCAUCAAUGUACAACACCGGUUUAGAAAAUGCGCUUCAGCAUUUGCUCUACAUGCUGACCAUGAUGUACCAAAUGUUUCUGCCAUGUCUCUUCGGUAAUGAGGUCACGCGGAAGAGCAACGAUCUCAAAACCGCGGUCUACAGCUCCCACUGGUACCGAAUGAGCGUCAAGGAUCGCAAAAUGAUAAUCAUGUUGAUGCAGCGUUUAAACAAACCCCUCGCGGUAAAGGCGUACCAUUUCUUCAAUUACAAUCUGCAGGCAUACACCACGACAUUAAACAUGGCCUAUUCGGUUUACGCCGUGCUGCAACGGAGUACAGAGAAGAAAAAUGAGUGA